UGGCGGAAUAGGGCGGGGCGGGGGGAACGGGGAGGAGGUCGCUCCUGCUCCAAGAUGGCGGCGCAGAGGAGGAGUCUGCUGCAGAGUGAACAGCAGCCCAGUUGGACAGAUGACUUGCCAUCCUGCCACCUCUCUGGGGUGGGCUCAGCUCCAAACCGUUCCUACAGUGCAGAUGGCAAGGGGACAGAGGGUCACCCCUUGGAAGAUAACUGGUUAAAAUUCAGGAGUGAGAACAACUGCUACCUCUAUGGUGUCUUCAAUGGCUAUGAUGGCAACCGAGUCACCAACUUUGUGGGUCAGAGGCUUUCUGCAGAACUGCUGCUGGGCCAGCUACACGCAGAUCACAGCGAUGCUGAUGUGCGUCGAGUUCUGCUGCAGGCUUUUGAUGUGGUAGAAAGAAGUUUCCUGGAGUCCAUUGAUGAUGCCUUGGCAGAGAAGGCCAGCCUGCAGUCCCAGCUACCAGAGGGUGUCCCUCACCACCAGCUGCCACCUCAGUACCAGAAGAUUGUGGAGAGAUUGAAGGCUGUAGAGCAGGAGAUCUCUGGAGGAGCCAUGGCUAUUGUGGCUGUUGUUCUCAACAACAAGCUCUAUAUCGCCAAUGUGGGUACCAAUCGGGCACUGUUGUGCAAGUCCACGGUGGAUGGGCUGCAGGUGACUCAGCUUAAUGUGGACCACACUACGGAGAAUGAGGAUGAACUUUUUCGCUUCUCCCAGCUGGGUUUGGAUGCAGGGAAAAUAAAGCAAGUGGGAACUAUUCGUGGGCAGGAAAGCACUCGGCGCAUUGGAGAUUACAAAGUCAAAUACGGCUAUACUGAUAUUGAACUGCUCAGUGCUGCUAAAUCUAAGCCCAUCAUAGCAGAGCCUGAGAUCCAUGGAGGGCACUCACUGGAUGGGGUGACUGGCUUCUUGGUCCUCAUGUCUGAAGGGCUCUACAAAGCGCUGGAGGCAGCUCACGGGCCUGGGCAGGCCAACCAGGAAAUUGCAGCCAUGAUAGCCACAGAGUUUGCCAAGCAGACGUCGCUGGAUGCCGUGGCGCAAGCAGUAGUGGACCGGGUUAAGCGGAUCCACUGCGACACUUUUGCCAGUGGUGGGGAAAGGUCCAAGUUCUGUCCCAGGCAUGAAGACAUGACGCUGCUUGUGAGGAAUUUUGGGUACCCCCUGGGUGAGAUGAGCCAGCCCACGCUGACACCAACGCAAGGAGGCCGUGUCUACCCAGUCUCAGUGCCGUAUUCCAGCUCCCAAAGCACAAGCAAGACGAGUGUCACGCUGUCUCUUGUCAUGCCUUCCCAGGGCCAGAUGGUCAAUGGUGCCCACAGCAGCUCAACUCUGGAUGAAGCCACCCCCACCCUCACAAACCAAAGCCCAACGGUGACCCUCCAGUCCACUAAUACUCACACGCAGAGCAGCAGCUCCAGUUCCGACGGGGGUCUCUUCCGCUCCCGACCCACCCACUCUCUCCAGCCAGAUGAAGAUGGGCGCGUGGAGCCCUACGUGGAUUUUGCGGAGUUUUACCGGCUUUGGAACAUGGACCAUGGUGAGCAGGGUGCCCUGACUGUGUCCUAACGUGGGAACUUGCCUCCUCCAGGCACCUUGCGCUCGGCCGCGUAAGCAAAGGCUGAGGCAAGACUGAGAGUGCUCCUCCGAAGGGCUGUGUUCUGCCAAGAGUUAACUCCUAUCUGGGACGUGCCGAACACUGGGCUGGGGGGCGCGAGCAGCGCUCCCCGCACACGUGCUGCCGGUGCCGUGCACCCCAUCCUCACCACCCUCCUUCCCUCGGAAGCCCUGUGAGUAGGAGGGGAAGGGGUCUUGAAUGCAACCCUCGCUGCAGUUUGGUUUUUUUUUUUUUUUCAAAAAUAAAGUUGCAGAGAGGGCUCCCUCUGGAUAACGCGAGAGUAGGGGCCUGUACAAAGGCUGUGUGUGUGUGUGUGCGCGCGUGUGUGUAAGUGUACGCGUGUGUGCCUGCGUGUGUGUGUGCUGUCAUAAUGUUUCCACAACUCGAUUCAUAAUGCUGUGAUUCCAGUGUUCAACUCCAUAGAAGAUACCUCUAUUUUGCAGAAUAAAUAACUUAUAGCUACA